AUGAAAGUUAAGGAAAAGAAAACUAAAAAACAAACUAAGAAGCUAGUCGAUGUGGUUCCCGUUGUUGAAAUGACGAGAGAGGAGCUCGAAGCUCAUCUUGGUCGUGUUCGUGAGGAGCUGGAACGUGAACGAGAGGACAGAAAUUACUGUCAACUAGAACGAGAUAAGGUUAUGACAUUUUGGGAGAUAUCGAAACAUCAGCUAAUGGAAAAAACAGCUGAACUAAGAGCAAAGCAACAGGAACUUGAAGAGUUAGCUGAACGACGCGAAAGGGAAUUGGCGGCUUAUCGCCAAAAGGCAAAGUACCUGGAAGCAGCUCAUGCUUCGGAAAUAGCUGAACUGAAGGCAGAAAUGGUAAAGGCAGUCAAUUUAGCUGCCGAAGAAGCUUCAGCAAACGCCCAAAGCUCUCGGUUAGUAGAUGAAGCACUGAGAAAUGAACAGUGUGCUCAUGAAAAUCUUAUCAGGAAGAUACAAAUGGAUAAUGAAAAAGGAAUGCACGAAUUGCGACGAGAUUUUGAAAGACAGUCAGACGAGGAACGCCGAGUUCACGAAGAAAAGAUGCAACAAUUGUAUGAAAGAAUGGAUCUGCAGCGACGGACCGAGUUGCAAACUACAGAAGAGAGGAAAAAUAAGCAAAUCUCUGUACUCAUUCAAAACCAUGAAAAGGCUUUCAUGGAAAUUAAAAAUUAUUACCACGAUGUCACUGUGAAUAAUGUCAACCUAAUUAAUGAUCUAAAGAAGGCGAUUGAGGAAUUGCAAAAAAAGGAGUCCCAUAUUAACAAAGAAAACGUUGAAUUAAUUGCGAAGAAUAAAAACCUUGACGCAGACCUCUCAAAAUCCCAACGAGAGUGCACUGAAUUAAGACGGAAGAUGGAAAACUACUCAAGAGAUGUAAAGGCGCUUAAGAACGCGAAAACAGAAGUGAAGCAGUUGAGAAAAAACCUCUCAGACGCCAAGCUCGACAAUGAAGUGCUACUUCAACGGCUGCAGCAUGCUGAGAACGAACGCGACGAGCUCUACGAGAGAUUUGUGGUUGCCGUCCAGGAGGUCAAACAAAAGUGCGGUCUUAAGAACGCCAUUCUGGAGCACCGGAUCACUAGGCUCGGCGAAAAGCUGGACGUGCAAGGACAGUUCACUCCCCGCUUGGGCGAGGACGGCGCCCCGACUGAUGAAGCGAAGAGGACUUUUGAAGCCUACAACGAUCUCGUCUCAGUGUUUAAAGGUCAGUUGGAGAGCUUUGGCAUCCGAAUGGAGAACGUGGGAUUCCAGGUGGCUAAGGAUAUCCUGAUAAACGGUGGAAAAGCGUCGCUUGGCAAGGGCCCAGCGAGCCUCAUCACGGUUCCACCAACAUAA